GAUUCAUUUUCCUUUCUUCGCAGCGAAGGGGUGUGGGUAAGGGCUCAAGAAAAUACAAUUAAACAGUAAAGAUUGGUUUCAUAUCGGCAACAGGAAAGGACAGUGAAGGGGAAAACUUGGAAGUGUAUGCAAACCAAAAUGCUCCGAAGGAAAGCAGCUUAUGAGGAUUGAAAAUAUUGUAUGCAGUGACGAUAUGCCAUCAUCGGAAUUAUUGAGCAUUUCAAGGUCUUAACACUAAUUUAGUCCAAAUCCUUCAUGCGAUACGUAUUUCAAAUGGACCUGAUGGAAUUGGAUCACAAGGAAGAUUAUGGAGCAUACUCAUCAUCACUGAAGUAAUUUUUAGAUCCUCUUUCAGAAUGCUGUCCCCGAAGACUACAAACAAGGCUGGAAGAAACAAUCCUUAGGACUCUGAAUAUUCUUGGUGGUACAGUCUUCUUGUAUUGGAUUAAGAAAACCAGUUCUUAGAAAAUGACAACGGAAGGUGAAAUUUCUAUGCACUUUGCCUAAGAGGUUCGAUGAAAUAGAAAGCUCAGAAGCAUUUAGUGAAACUCUCUUUUUUACCGACUGUAUUGCUCCUGACGCACCGCCACCAUGCCUCGCCCCAUGAGAAGGAAACGUCCUGUGGCACCCCAAAAUACACAGUCGUUCAUAAGACGAUCGAACUCUCCUCCGAGCCCCCCAGCGGUCUUUGCACGGCAAAUAGAGGGUCCAGUUGAGGUCAAAUCGCUCAGCUAUAAUGUCCAGAAGAAAAAGAAAAAGAAGAAGAAAAAAGAAGGCGUUGAUGAUUCUCAUGUAGAAAAUGAAAAGAUUGAGGAGGAGGAGGAAGACGAAGAAUGGUUAGCAGAGAAGAAAAGAAGGGAAGAAUCACUGAAGCAAUAUGAGGUUCUGACGCAGCAAAAGAAGCAAAGGAAGUUAGAAAAGAAAAGAAAGAAGGAGGAGGCGAUUAGACAGAGGGAAGAAGCUCUGAAACAAAAGGAAGAGAAGGAAAAGGCGGAAAAGGAAUGGCAGGAAAGGAAGGUCCUUCUGGAAAAGGAUCGUAUAGAACGAGGUCAGGUCAGUGAUGAAGAUGGUGAAGGAACAACUCGCCAACCUCGUGGAAGAGGCCGGGGAAUUGGGAGAGGACGUGGAAGAGGUCGUGGUCGAGGGAGGGGAAGGGGAAGAGGAAGGGGCCUGCCACCUCCAAGAACGAGAAAACAAGCUCCUCUUGCACCUGUUCGAGGAGGACGCCGACCAGGGGCCAUUGGUAAACAACCUACAAUGGAAGCCAUCAUUGAAGAACAAGAAGGUGACAGAGUUUCACGUCAAGCAUGGACAGAGGCUUCCAAGGAUCCUCAGUCGCUAGAAGCUGCUGAGGCCUCAACACUGAAAAGGUCCCUGUCUCAGAUUGAUGACAACGUAGAAUUGCAAGAGAAGGAUGAAGAACAACAAAAAGCCGAAACAGAUGCAGACGUGGUUAAGGAACCACCAUCAAAGAGUAAGAAGUUUGCCAAAGUGGCCGGCUUUGUAGCAAGAAUUCUUAAAGCUAAACAGAAAAAUAUUCCGAAAGAGGCUGCUGUGGAAAAAGAUGACGAAGAUAGUAAAAAAGAUAAUGGUCCAAGUCAGGCCUGGGCUGAAUCACCAUCUUCAGAUAUUCCUGAAUCCUUGGCCAGAAAGAGACGUUUUUCUAAAGUAGAUGAUGAAGGGGAACUUCAAGAUAUUGAAGAGGAUAAAGAUGACGAAAGAGAAAAAAUUGCAAAAGACGAAAACGAAAUUCAGCCAACUCAUCCCACAAAUUUAAAAUUUUCCACUGUGGCAAGCGUUGUUGCCAGACUAAAAAAGGCCCAAAAGGCAGCAUCAUCUGGAUCCGAAGAAACUGGAGACGCCAAAGAAGCGGCCACAGACCAAGAAAAUGUAACUUCUGAAGAUACAGUGUCAGAGAAGGAAGGCGAUGUCAAAGAAUCAGAACGUGCCAAAUCAAAACUCAGACGCCAAACUACAUUACACGACGGAAUAUCUGAAGAUCAUCAACUCACCCCUGUUGAAGAACCAGAAAAGAAGGGGAAAGGAUCACCAACUGAUGGAACAAAGUCUGUAGGAAGUGGUAAGAAGUCGCCUGAUGGGGAAAGAAGCGCCAAGUCUGUUGAAAGUGAAAAGGACAGAUCAGAAAGUCGUACAUCUGAUGAAAGGAGGGGUGAACCAAAAGACAAGGUAACCCCAGUGGACAGUGUCGGUGAGGAAAUAACAGAGACCUCAUUUAGAGAUGCAAAGUCGACUUCGGACAACAGCCUUGGAGAUCCAGAAAAGGGAGAUGCAGAUCAAGACCUUAUUGUGUCAUCCGCUAAAGAAAAGGAAAGUGUGACUGCACAUGCGAAGAUAAUGGUUGAUACACGUUCUACUCAAUGGACACCCCAUGAUUUCACUACACCCCCGAUUCCUCAUGAGUUAGAGGACAAAGAAGAAGUCGGCACAACACCAAGACCGGACGCAGGUCGUGAAUUACCAUCUUCACCAAAGUCAAGCGAUGGAAAGGUAGACGGUGAGCAGGGAGACGAUAAAGGGAGUGAGAAAGGGACCGGAACUCCAACUAAACCAGGGUCUGGUAACGACGAUGCUAGUUCGAAAGCAGAAAGUGAGCACAAAGUAACAAUUGACGAAACUGAAAAACAAAGCCACUCGACGCCAAAACCGAGUUCGCGAAUGGAUCGUAGUUCUUCGGAGGCUUCUAUAAAGCCCGAAAAUGAAGGUGAAGAAGAUAUUAAAAAGGAAGAAACAAAAGCAGAUGACAGUGAUACUGACGAUGCCUUUGAUAAAAGUACAUUUGACUUAACUCGGCCUCUCAACCCAAUACCACAUAUGAAGAAGGUAACUGUACCAAAAUUAGAUCCUAGACCUGACAAUCCAAUUCCUACUGAAAUACACCCCAAAUUGAUUAAUAUCGAGAUUGAUGAUGAGUACUAUUUAGCCGGUAGGUUACCAAAACGGUCUUGGAAGUUUGAAGAUGAUACAGACUACACAGAAAUGCAGUUGUUUGCUAGAAGAGAUCGGAUUGCGGAAGAACGAAAACUUGAGAAGUUUCGGAAAACAGAAAUGGGAUCUCUUCUUGAUCUGGUAUUGGAAGGAUCGAAAGUUCUUCCUCUCGAAGUGUUUGAGACUGAGAGGCACCACAGAGGUUUCGAAAAGAUACUGACUUCAUUGAUAAAAGAAGAGAGAAAACUUCGAACUCCCCCUAAGAAGGAGACUCAGUCUGAAACUGUCCCUACCACACCCGAGAACGUAGAUUAUACAAUAGGUAGAGAGCCUCAGGAAAUAGAUAACACAGAUGAAGAUUUCAAUAUCCCUUCUGAAGACCAGAUACCUACGAAAGAUGAACCUAGACCAGAAACGCCUUCAGAAAUAACAAUUACUCCAGUUUCAGGAAAAUAUGGAAAGUUACCAUCGGAAACGAAAUUUCCAAAACAUGUCGAUGAAAGUGACCAAACAAUAAUGGAAAAACAAGUACAAUCUUCUGCAGAUAGUGAAGUGUCUAGACUGUCAGAAAUAGAUAAUAAAAGGUCACCAGAAACCGAAAUUUCUGAAUGUUUAGAGGUGGGAAAGGAGGAUAAUAAAACCGAAGAAGACGUACCAUCCCCGUCGGAAAGUGGAGAAGGAAAGAAUUUAGUGAAAGAAGGAUCAACAUCGCCACAAACAGAAGCAGAGCGUGAGGAAACCAAGACGCAGAAAGGAAAAUUAUCUCCAUCGAGCAAAGAACCUAACCAGCUGUCAAAGACAGAUGUCAAGUCAGCAGAUAUGAAAUCAAUUCCAAUCAGCAAGUCGGAUAAAGAGGAAACGUCCCUCCGGGUAACUGUAUUACCCUCAAAUAUUCAAAGAAAACAUGCUUUGUCGCUGCUCGAGUCUGCACAGAUUGACAUGAUUGGUGUAUCGGAGAAAGAAUCAGAAUCAAAAUCGUCGGAUGGAGCGGAGGGAAACACUUUAGUGGGAGAAGCAGGAACAACUGUUGGUGAGGAAGAUUUAAUCACUCCAAGGAUUGACAAGCGAUCAACAACUUCUGGUAGCUUAGAGCUUGGAUCUGGAGCACCAACGCCGACAUUAGAAAAGGUCGAACCAAUUGAGGGUCAAAAGGAACAUGAGGAACGCAGUGUUGUUGAAACCACAAAGGGCAACAGAGAAGAAGGAACAGAUGUAAAAGAUUAUAAGAGCAAAGGCCAGUCUCCCAUGCUAUCGAGUAAGUUAAGUGACCGCGAAGACAAGGAGCAAGAAAAGGGAAACCAAAAGGAAACUCCAAGACAAAAAAGUGAAGAUGUUGCUAGACCGCUAUCAAUUAAUGAAAAAGAUAAGGAAAAGGUUUCCAAAAGCACCGAGUCAAAUGAGGAAGAAGAAGACAGCACCAAGCAGAGUUCAAGACCACCCUCUAAAUUAAGUGAUGGAAAGUCGGCACCGACGUCAAGGUCCCAGAGCAAGUUAAGUCAUGUCAGUGAUGAGAAGAUAAUACAAGAAACGGAUGUCGAGGAACUUCACCAUACCAAACACACAUCAAGACCAACUACAAAAUUAAGUGGUGGAAAGCAGGAACAGAUCUCCCGAGCCCAAAGCAAGUCAAGCCAUGACAGUGAUGAGAAGAGAGUACAAGAAACAGAUGUCGAGGAACUUCACCAUACGAAACACACAUCAAGACCAACUACAAAAUUAAGUGGUGGAAAGCAGGAACAGAUCUCCCGAGCCCAAAGCAAGUCAAGCCAUGACAGUGAUGAGAAGAGAGUACAAGAAACAGAUGUCGAGGAACUUCACCAUACGAAACACACAUCAAGACCAACUACAAAAUUAAGUGGUGGAAAGCAGGAACAGAUCUCCCGAGCCCAAAGCAAGUCAAGCCAUGACAGUGUUGAGAGAGAUGGAAAGACGGAGCAGAUCUCUAGAGCCCAAAGUAAGUUAAGUCAUGUCAGUAGUGUUGAAGAAGGAGACAGCACCAAGCAUAGCUCAAGAUCACCCACUAUAUUAAGUGAUGGAAAGGGUGUACAGAUCUCUAUAGCCCAAAGCAAGUUAAGUCAUGUCAGUGAUGAGAAGAUAGUACAAGAAACGGAUGUCGAGGAGCUUCACAAUACGAAACACACAUCAAGACCAACUACAAAAUUAAGUGGUGGAAAGCAGGAACAUAUCUCUAGAGCCCAAAGUCAGUCAAGUCAUGUCAGUGGUGUCGAAGAAAGUGAUAGCACCAAGCAGAGUUCAAGACCACCUACUAAAUCAAGUGAUGGAAAACAGGGACGGGUGACUAGAGCCAAAAGUCAGUCAAGUCAUGUAAGUGGUGUCGAAGGAGACAGCACCAAGCAUAGCUCAAGACCAUCCACUAAACUAAGUGAUGGAAAGACGGAACAGAUCUCUAGAGCCCAAAGAAAGUUAAGCCAUGUGAGUGGUGUCGAAGAAAGUGACAGCACCAAGCAGAGUUCAAGACCACCUACUAAAUUAAGUGAUGGAAACUCCGAACAGAUCUCCAGAACACAAAGUAAGUCAAGCCAUAUCAGUGUAGAGAAAACAGUAAAAGAGACAAAUGUCAAAGAAGUGGACCAUACGAAACAUACAUCAAGACCACCUACUAAAUUGAGUGAUGGAAAGGAAGAACAAGAAAAGCUUGAUGCGAAUGAUGAAGACAUCAAUCUGGAAACCUCAAAAACACCGACAGAAGUAUCUGAUGAAACUGAAGCCUCUACCAUCAACAUGAAUGAAGAUUUUUACUACCCCUGGUUGUAUGCAACAAAAAUUGAAGUUAAAGAGGUCACCUCUUCAACUAAGAGUGUAGAUAGCAGGACCAGAGGUAAAUCACCCGGGUCAAAAAUAGAGGACACAACCGAGAAAAUCGGAGAUGAGUCACGUGAUACGAAAGACCCAAUUGAAGAUGCGCCAUCUUCAUCGCCUCAUAUCGGAGAUAAGGAAGAUAAAGAACCAUCAGCUAUCCACGAAGAAGAUAUCAAAGAUGAAUCUCCGGCAGAAAAUGCCCUCCAAUCCGAAACACUAGACAAAGGUAGAGAAGUAACAUCUUCUAAACUAAUCACUAAAACCAUUAUAGACAGGGAAGAACCCGCUCUCGAAGAGAGUCGGAUGUCCGAGAAAUUGAGUUCGAAAACACCAACUAAAAGGAUACAUUCAGGAAGAAGUACACUAUCCGGGGACAACGAUGAGAAGAGCCAGCCAAGAACUUCAUUGGCUGUAAAAAGUGUAGUUUCACAAGGAAGCAUUAGUUCUAUAGAAAAAGAAGCUAAAAGAAGUCCAGAAGUCAAGGCAGUCACAUCGCUAACGGAACCUCUUUUGACUGAGCAUAAAACGGAAGAAUCUGAUAUCAAUGUGGCAAGUAAGCAAACACUUCCCCAUACCAAAGACGAAGCUGAAAAAGACACCGAAGUGUCAGCGGAUGUCAGUGCAGAAAGCGUACAAGAAAAUAAAAAGGAAGAUCAAACAAAUGUGGCAAGCUCUUCCCAUAAAGAACCACCGAAAGAAAUAACAUCAGAGGAACAUAGGGAGGAGCACCAGAAAGAUGAAUCUUUAACUCACGAUAGAGCAGAUACAGGAAAAUCUAAAACCGAUCGUCCAGAAUCUAAAACGGCAGGUAUGGCUAUUGGUGUUUUGGUUGCCGAUUUACGUCCUGGAAGUCAGCAAGGGAAAAUCACCGAUGAUACCGCUGUAAAAUUGGAAAACAAGCUUCGAGACGGAAAUGACAAAAUAGAACAUGCAGUUGCAUCCAAAGAGCCGGAAGGUGAUGAAGCGAAACACUCGCUCCCUCCUGGAAGGGGACGCGGAAGAGGUCGAGGGCGCGGAAGAGGGCGUGGCCGAGGAAGGGGGCGUGGUAGGUUAAAUGAUGGGGCAGAAAUGAAGCCGCAAGAAGGAGAACAGGUUAAUCAACGUGGUAGGGGACGUGGACGAAGAGCACGAGGGCGUCACAGAGGGCGUGGUCGCGGUAGGGGUCAAAUAGGAGACGAUGUUUUACAACAUCGUCUCAGAGUUGAUAUCCCACCGACAAAAGUUAAGUUGGAUGAACAACGCAAUACAACUGAUAUUCCAGUUGUGGAAACGAUUGAGGAAAAGGGGCCUGGAAUACAAAAACAGGGAACUUCCGAGGAAAGUUACAAAGCAGAUGAUUUAGAUGUGAAAGCAAGUAAAGUGUCGGCGAAAUCUGAGAAUAUAGAUAGAGAAAAGUCAAAGGUCAGUGUCGAUGGAGACAGGAAUGAAAAUCAAGAUAAAGUUAGAUCAGCUGGUGCACCUGACGGGAAAGAGGAGGAUGAGGUCAAUGUUCGAAGACCAGAAAAAGACGAAACCCCAAAAGAAGAUGUGGGAGCAAGUGAUAAAGACAAAAUAGAAAGCACAGAGACGAACAAUAUUAUUGAAACAGGAGAUAAAUACGAAACCACCUCCAAACGUUCACAGAAACAAGGACCUUCACCAAAGAGAAAAGAGAAAUCGGCCACCGAGAAAUCAAUAUCUUUGAUGGAUGCACGAUCUAAGAAAGAUGGUACCUCGACAUCGGGCAGUGUUAAAUCAGAAGCAAUGGUCAUUUCAGUGAAAGAGAAAGGGUCCACUAAAUCCAUUGACGUUUUACGUGAGGACAGUGUUGUCAAAGAUCCAAAAUCCCAUGCUACAAAGCGUUUAGAGAAUGCAGAGGUUUUUUCUGUGAAAACAACUUUAGCGCUGGAAGAAGAGGUAGAUACUUUGCAAAAGAGGAGGAAAAGCGACUCUGAUAUUGUAAGGACAUUGCAUCCAUCAGUACAAAAACCCCGUUCAGUAAAGUCAGAGGGACAUGAGGUUACUCAGGCCAGAAAAUCGUCCAAAGACAUAAUCACAGCAAGCAAGAAAGAAAAUGCAAUAUAUUCUGCUAUUAAUCAGAAAGCGGAUGGACAAGAAAUUCCGGGGGAACCUCACGCUGCUGACAGUCCAGGCUCAACAAUAAAAGAGGGUCGUGAAACUACAAAACUCGACUCCGACAAAGAAAGCGUAGAUACUUUGCCGAAAAGGACCCAAAGCCUGCCUGAUUAUUCGAAAACACUGCAUUCUUCAGCUCAUAAACCUCGUUCAGCGAAAUCAGAAGGACAUGCGGUUUCUCAUGUUACAGAACCACCAACCGAUGUAAUGACAGAAACAAAGGAACGACUACCCAUAAUUUCGACAGAUUUAGAAAGUACAAAACAGUCUAAUGCUGAUGUAAAUAAUGGAGAAACAUCAGAAUCAACGAUAAAAGACGCGCGUGCCGCUGAAAAGCUUGAUUCCGGGAAAGAAAGGGUAGAAACUUUGCCCCAAAGAACACAAAGCCUCCCUGAUUAUUCAAGAGCAUUACCAUCUUCAGCCCAUAAACCUCGUUCAGUGAAAUCUGAGGGGCAUGCGGUUACUCAGGUCUUAGAACCACCCAUCGACGUAACGAAAGACAUAAAGAAGCGGCUAACCAUAGUUUCAACAGAUUUAGAAAGUACAAAACAGUAUAAUGCUGAUGUAAACUUUGCAGAAACAUUAGAAUCAACCAUAAAAGACGAACAUGUAACGACAAAGCUUGAUUCCGGGAUAGAAAGUGAAGAUACUUUGCCGAAAAGGACUCAAAGCCUGCCUGAUUAUUCGAGAACCUUACAAGAUUCAGCUCAUAAACCUCGUUUAUUAAAAUCGGAAGGGCAUGAGGUUGCUCAUGACAUACGGAAGUCCAAAGAAUUAAAAGACGGUAUAGAUGGUUCUAGGGAAAAGAGAGUUCAAACUCCUUUGCCUUCUGAUGCCAGUAUACACCCAGGGCCUAUUUCAAAGAAAGACGAUACAUCAUCAAGAAAGAGCUCAGCAAUACAAGUCUCAGAAAAGAAAGUUAUUCGGGACCUACCUGUCGAGAAUGCUACAAAAAGGAGAAAACGUAGAAAAGAGGGACGCAAGAAAAAGAAAACUGUUGUAAGUGAUAAAUCAGGUACUCAAGAAAGUUCCUUACCGCUAAGCCAUCCCGAUAAGGAUACCGAAGACACAUCCCUAGACGACUUGAAUUCAUCUCAAAUGAAGCAAUCGAGGCAAAGCGACAGUAGUGGACAAACUGCAAAGGAUAUUGGAAGGAUAAAGAAAAAUCUAUCAAAAAUCUUGGAAAGAUCGAAACAGCUGCAGAAACUUCAUAUUGACAAUCACAAAGCAAAACAAGAGGAAGACACAAAGGAUGUACCGUCUCAAAAGACAGAGGAACAGAAGACAAAGGGCAAAGCAUCUAGAAUUGCCAUUCCUAGAAAACAGAAGGAAAUUGCUUUUGGAAGCUUGACUACAAGCCUUCUUGCGAAAAGACAAAAGAAAAUUGAAGGAAAGGAAAAGGUCAUACCAAUAGAGACUACGUCGGAAAGAACGGUCAGCUCUGACUCGGUUCCAGAAGAUUUAGGGAUUUCAUUGAAUCUUGCCAGAAUCAAAGAAAGAUCAAAGCAACUUCAAAACUUUGAUAAAACUAAUACGGUUACUACAGAUAUUGACAUCGACGAUCAAUCUUCCGAGACUUCUGUAUAUCACAAGGAAAAUUUAUUUGAAAGCCCAAUCGAGUCGGCCGAGUCAACGAAAUCAAAGAUUCUUAAACCUUGGACUUGGUUUAGUCCUGGAGUCACUCCGACUGCAUUUGAAAAAGUGAACAGUUAUCUUACGGAUGGCUUCGGUGCUAGAGGACACUCACCGGAAGAUGACUUGCUUGGGCCAAUAAGUGAGUCUGACUCUUCUAUUAAAGAUACAGAAAUGAAAUCUGAUGAUAUAUCAGAUGAUGGUAUCGCCCAUGAAACAGACGAUGUAUCCGAGCUGCCGCCUAAACCUCGAAAAUUUCUAAAGAAUUUAUCGAAAAUAAUCGAAAGAUCGAAACAACUCCGAAAGCUGAAGAAGGAAGGUGCCAACCCCGCCCAACCGUCUGAGAAAACAGGGAAGUUGCUUGGAAGUAUUCCCGUUGGUUCUGUCCCCUUGAUAAAAGGGGAAAGUGAUGCGGACCAAGAUAAACAAAGUACAAAGGGACGUGAAGGAAAGGCGUCCACAAUAACCCAAAGUGCCUUUCCAGGAACGAUUAAUGAUGGUCAAUCUUAUUUUGCAUCAACUGUUGAUAUUUCAAUCAAAAUCCCAAGCGAUGGAGAAAGUGAGGAGGAUUCUAAAGCAGGAUUUGGAGACCAUUCUACAUUUUCGGAAUAUUCGUAUACAGGCACUUUAUUAGAGAAAUCAACCGUAAAGUCCCAGAAAUCAUCAAUCCUUCACGCUACUAAUAAUAAAUCUGGAACAUCCAGACUCAAGUCUACAGAAUCGAAAAAUGGUAGAAGAACGGAAUCCACUGGUCAUGAUUCGAGAAGUACCCAUAAAACAUCGUCCCCCCUUUCGGAGGUACAGACUUUCUCAGAAUCAAAAAGUGAGAUAGAUAAGAACAUAAGUUUAAAUGAUGUGAACAUCAUUAGCAAGGUAUUCACUAAAAAACAAAUACUCCAAUCAACUAACAGGCCCGUGCGCAAUAAAGAAGAAUUAGAAAGAACGACCGGAUCAGGGGAAGUUUCGAAACAACAAGACGGAGUUGAUAGCCAAACCUCAGAAUUUUAUAAUGGGAAACAUUCGAAAAAUCGUAGUAAUUCAUCGGUAAGUCCCCAUACUCAAGCAUCAGCGGAGGGUGGAGACAAUAGUGGCAGUAGCAUGGACCCAUCACCACAAGUUUUCAAAAGGAAAAUGCAGCCAAGUACUAGUAGAACUAAAGGGGUCAUGCAAUCAUCCAGAAAGGUAUCGUCUAACCAAUCUGUUCGGCAGCAGGGCGAAAUUAGUGAUGAUCUCCAAUCAAACCUCAGUGUUGACUCUUCACGGAAGACAGUAGGUACCGGAAGGAUUUAUAAAGACUUGGAAAAUAUGUGGAACAAAUAUGGUAAUAUUCAAAAUGAAAAGAAACUACGAAGACGGAGUUCUAGAGAUUCAGAGUCAGACGUUGAAACUCCACAUGAUAAAAAAUAUUUGGCAAGAAAAGAAACUAACACUUCUAACCUUUCAGAGAAAUCAACAAAGGAUGAAAAGUUAACACGACAUGCAGAAAAGGAAAAUGAAAUCAAAGCUUCUAUUUGCUCUUCAAUAGAUGGAAAUUCUUCAUUAAUUGCUGAAUCAUUAAGAAAGUCCGCAGAUCAAAUAGAUAUUGGAGCAAAAAGUAUUGAGAGUAACGAAGGUUCUUCUGCAAGGUCCCAAUCACGGAAAGAUAUUUCUCGGUCGGGGACACAAACAAAAGAAAUUGUAGAUGGUAAUACAGCAAAUUCUGGACUGCGAUCUGCUGACACACAACUAUCAACGGAUGUUGAUCACCGUACAUCUGUAAAAAUUGAUAAAACACCAAUAACAGCUGGAUCGAAGCGCUCGCUUGGCUCUACGGAAAACGCUGGGAAAAUGUCAAGCAGAUCUUCGAAAAUGGACAUUAUUCAGAACCCCGGCCAUUCCUUAGUCCUUCAAACUGACACAGAAACACGGCAAGAGUCAAAAUCUGCAACUUCAAAAAGGGUCAUUGGUGAUGAUAGGUCAACAAUUGUAACUUCUGCGGAUGACUCAUCCCAAGUAAGGGCCGGCUCAGAAGAACAAGUUUCUGAUUCAAAGAAAAUAAAAUCUCCUGUGGUACUAGAACAUGGAAAUUCUAGUCAACAAACAGUCGGAGAUGAACAGAAAUUUGUAUCUCCUAUCAGUGGUAGAAGGAAGGCAUCAACAGCUUCAGCUGUAUCUGUUACAGAAGAAAGGCCGAUUCUUACAGAAAAUAGUGCAUGGACUGUACCAUCAAAAUCAUCAAGCCCAGGCGGAAGAUCCGGUAUUCCAACUGUUAAUGACAACGGUGAAGUAAGAGAAAGCAUAAAAAGCAGUUCCAAGACUGAUUUUGGUGAUUCUAGUCAAAUGUCAGUGAAGUCAGUAAUUCAUUCAAAGAGUCAGCUAAGUCAAGUGCAAGGACCUCGGAAGGGGUCAGGUGAGAAGUCUAGACAAAACUCUUCCACAAAUGUUGAUCGUUCUAAGAGCAAGGAUACAUGGCGAAAAGAUUUUUCACAUGAAAUUAAAACCGAAUUGGCUCCAGAUCAAAAUCAUUUUCCUGCAAGCAAUAGAAGUACUUCAUCUGCUGAUAUCCUAUCCAUCCACUCAUCAAGCUCUAAAAGAUCAAGAAAAGCCCCAAGCUCACUUGCUAAAAAGUCUUCUUCGAAGUCGCAAAUCCCGGAUAACACUUCUCUGCCAGAGACACAAGCCAAACAUAUAUUGGCUGACGAUACAGCCAGCUACAAACAGCUAGGUACACAGCAAUCAAACGUUGUUGACAAAAGUUCAUCUGACAGCAUCAAUACGACACCAAUAGCAGCUGCAUCGAGAUCAUCUAGGUCAAGUAAAAGAUCCGGUAUUACAGCUCUUCCUGACAACACAGAACUAAGGCAAAGCAUACAAAGCAUACCCUUGACGGAACGUGAAGAUCAGAGUCAAAUGUCAACGAAGCUAAGUCAAGUGCAUGGAUCUUCAAAGGGGUCAGUUGAGAAAUCUAGGCAGAACUCUUCCACUCAUGUUGAUCGCUCUCAAAACAAGGAUACACGGCAAACAGUUUUCUCAAAUGAUAUUGAAAUCGAAGCCAUUCGUGAUCAAAAUCGUUCUCCUACAAGCAAAGGUAGUGUUACUUCAUCUGCUGAUAGUAUACCCAUCCAGUCAUCAAACUCUCAAAGAUCAGGAAAAACUCUAAGCUCACUGGCUAAGAAGCAGUUAGACGCUCAUAUCCUGUCUGCAGAUUCGGCUGGCAUAAGCGACGUAGAAGGUGCGGAUAUUCAUGCAGAAGAUUUUACCAAGGUUGUCCAACCUGGUAUGACUAGUCCUCGAAUUGGUGAUAUCACAUUUCCGGAUAGCAGAAAAAGCUCACCAGCAUACAACCAUAAUCGGACGAGUGCUUCGAACAUAUCUGGGAAGAACUCUGAAAACAUACACGAUCGUCCUGCAACAAACCAAGUAAAAAGCCCUGUACCGCUGCCUGCUGUAAGGUCCGCAACAGUCAUUGGACCCACUGUUGAUAAUGAACCUAUCCGGAAUGCUCUUACAAGUCACGUAAGACACCAAAGCCUUCCUGAUUUUUCACGUGAUAACUAUGUACCAAUGUCACUGGGGAAGGAACCUUCGUCCGAGAGACGAAGUGUUAAAGUAACUGGUCCUUCAAAACAGUCUACUGUUUCGGGAAAUAAUGAGGGCAGGAUUUUUGAAAAUCACAAUCUGGACGAUUAUACUAUUACACACACCCACAAUUCUUCUCUUUCGCCAAAUGCGAGAAAUAAAACUCGGAACAGCGAUAGUAUAGCCGAAUAUAACCAAACCAAAGGCCCUAAAUUCUCACAAGCAUUGUCGUCGCCAUCAGAAAACCAUCUUGAUCUCCUCGGAGAAUAUGAACCAAAUCCAGUGCAUUCUUGGAUUCUACAAAUAGGAGAAAAUGACCCAAAGAAUGCCAAAGACACAACGCGACUUUCCACGGGUCAUUCUCCAUCCCCUGUCUCGGCUAUUUCCAUAGAGAGUGAUUCGCCCUUAAAAAUCAACCAGCUUGAUGAUAAUCAGUCAAGAGAAAGUUAUGAGAUACGGAAACCCCCUGGAAUGGCAAAUCCUCAUAACAGAGAUAGCAAAUCAAAUGACCAAAGCUCGCCAGAUGUCUCCAGCGCUUAUCGGAAUAUUGUCAAUCACAACCCUUCACCUUCUUUUGCCAGAUCCACACCAAGUCAGGAUGCAUUCAUACCAACAAGAUCAAAGUCACCUGCAUACAGUCAUCAUAUUCCUCAAGAUGCAGAUACUCUCGGUCAAGCUUCACCAGGUCUCUCUGAUGUUUAUAAAAACAUCCUUAAUCGCAGCCCUUCUCCUUCGUUUAGAAGUGCACCUCCUUCUGAAGGCGUUCUCAGUCUUGGUGGUCCGAUUUCAGCUUCUGCCAAAGAAAAUGAUCCAGUUAUCGAAAAUGAUUUUCCUUCUAGGGACUCGUCACCUACUAUCUACAGCUUGUCUUCUCUCGACAUCAAAUCACCACGCCCACCAACAGGACCGAAACAUCCUUUGUCGAGAAAGUCAGCCAGAGUUGUCAGAUCUAUUGACGGUGAUGACCGCGUAUCUCCCUCGUUAGGCUCUUCAUGUGAUAAAAUACAACAGGGAAUACGAAAGGAUAGUGCAAGUGCCAAGUCAUCACCCCAAGUUUCGAAACCUUCGUCAACAAAUUUGCAAGAAACUGUUAAUGCACUUAUGACACCAAUAGAAUCACCUAACAAUAUCAGAAGCAUUCAAUCGGGAAGUUCUAAGAAAUUUUUCUCGUCGUCGGGCAAGAUUGAUAAAUCUCGAGUUUCACUGGAAAGGAUUGAGGCACCAUUAAAUAAUUCAAAAAUUUUGCUCAAAUCUAAGGGCACUGGAAGUCCAUCAGAACUAAGCAGUGUACCCGUCGGAGGAAAGAAGCAGCCAUCUAGUGAGUCAUUGCGACAACAUAGCAUAAGUAAAAGUCCUAGCCAAUCAGAACGCACCACAGGUGGAAGCCUACUAAACGGAUCUGAAAGUAAUAGAGAUACUCCUAAACAAAAUGGACAAAUAUACCAGGAAUUAGAGGAUAUGUGGAAAACUUAUGAGCAACUGAGAGACAGUAAGCAGCAUUUUCAAGACGAGGAUGUCAUUCAUCAUCCAGAAGAUUUCGAGAAUAGAGUGGAUGGAUCAGUGACAUCAGUAGAUCCUCAGUUUAGACCGCUAUCCAAAGGGAGUCAUGAUCGGGGAGCUUCUAAGCUAGAUAUAUCUAAUGAUUUGGCAAACCAAUCACCCGGUAGAAGUAAAGUUAGGACACGUCUUUCAUACACAUCUGAGAUAAAAUCUACAAUUUCUGCUGAAACUCCAGUACAAACAUCUACUCUGGAAGAACAGCAACAACAAAAUGUUCCAUCACUGGAGAAGACACUGUCUGAGCUGAAUAUGAUAUCAGAUAGAAAUAAUCUUAUCUCUUCUGAUUUCAAUGUAAAUUCCGGCCAAAAUUUCAAACCUCCUGGAUCUAUAAUAAAGACACCAACUCUUCAGCAAAGCUCAGCACUGCUUGUUGAGACAGCACUUGAUUCUACAAAUCAAACCAGAAACAGACAUGAAGUAACUUCCAAAUCAUCUUCCGUAAAAGAUCAAAGAGAAGCAGUAUCGCUAAAGGAAGCUACAAGCAGUGUCCGCAUAUCUCCCUCGAACAUCGAAUACCCAAGAUCUGUAAUAAAAUCAUCUGCCAAAACUCUAGAUUCUUCAGUGCCUUCACCAAAUGACCUGCCUUUGAGUGAAACGUCAAAGAGAUACGUUAUUGCUUCCAGAAGUCCCACCUUGAAAUCUCACUCAUCAGCAAGCGAUAUCAAGGCUUACAAAGAAGACGACAAAGACAGUGCAAGAUCUAUCACAAAGACUGAAAUAUCAAAAUCUUCAGCAUUAGUGACUGCAGUAGAUUAUCCUCCAACAGAACAUGGAAAUAUGUAUAUACAUGAUACUCCUUUGACUCAAAAGUCAAAGAGAGACGAUGUCCCUUCUCAAUAUUCUGAGAAGUCUCAAGCAAAAACAAAGGCGCCUUCAUCAAGCACUCCUACGAAUCAUCAUAGUCCCACAAUCAACUCUCAAUCAAAGACUGAAUCCUUUCAGAAUCAAGGAUCUGCCAAAGUUCAAGGCAUUCUGUCUACAAGCCCUGUUGUAAGAUCAAAAUCAAAGGUUGAAUCUCCUCAAUCUCGUGCGAAGUCGGAAGCCAAAAGCCAAGUAUCUUUAUUUUCUAAGGAAACAUCAAAAGAAUCUUACUUGGAACAAAACACAAACAGAGAUGAUGCUUCCACAAUGUCAUUUGCACAAUCUCAAGCGGGGUCGUCAUCAUCAGAGAAAGUUUCUACUCCUACAGGACACCAGAAAGACAUACCCAGAUAUUCCAAAGUGAAAUCUCACCUGAUGACCAAAUCUGCUCAAUCUGUUUUGAAGCCAGAAAGUAAUAGUCCAAACUCAGAACCUCAUACCAAUACACUAAACGAUCAAACAAGGAAGAGACAAGAUGUCUUUUCAAAAGUGUCUAUUGUGAAAGAUCAAGAGAAAACAGUUACAAGGAGCCCCAAUGAAAUUUCUGAAGUAAUGAAAGGAUCCAGUGCGAGAUCGCGAACAAAGUCAGUUUCAUCGGAGGUCCUUACACAGACUCCUGAAACAGAACAUGGAAGUGUUUCUAACAGUUCGGUAAAAUUCCACCUAAAGGAUGUAUCUGCAAGAUCUGUUUCGGGGUCAGCAGUCCAAAGUCCGGAUUCCAUGUUGUCCAGCGGUACAGAAAAGCACCACCCCUCGAGUAAAACGACAAAGAGACCAGGCAAUGGAUCCUCAAUUUCCAUUUUGGAAGAUAAUGAACAAGCAGUAUCACUAUCACAUGUUUCAAAGACUCCUAUACAAGAACAUGAUUGUUCAGCGCUGGGAAAGGAGACAAAGGUUUCACAGUCAAACAAUCAUUCAGUAACACCAGAUGUUAAUGCCAGGAUAGAAUCUCAGAUGAGUAUUCCAGUUCCAGUGGCUACACCUUCAAACGAUUCUGAAACUGAAGGCAUCGACCAUCCAUUGACACCGUCUAUUUCAGAAAUUAGUCAAUCGUCGAAGAAAUUAGACAUUGCUUCCAAAAGGUCCAGUGGGAAUCCUGAGACCAGAGCCAAAUCACUUGUGGCAACUGUGAUGAAGACCCCGGGGCAAAGUGAACGAUAUACAACGCCACUUAAUACUCCUAGUACUGCUCAACUCAGUCAAACAUCAAGCAAACAGGACGGUGCUUCCAGAAGUCAUAGGGAAUUGUCGCAGGAAAAAGCAGUUUCGACCCCAUCUGGGACAUCUACAAGAGCUGAUAAACUUGAAUCUUCAAUUCAGAAGGAUGCACCAAUUGCCUUACAACUUAGCAAUACACCAAAUAGUAUACAUUCCCCUACAGGUAGUUCUGUAAGAAACCCAAAGGAGACAAGGUCGCAAGGAUCUUUGCCGAGGACCACAAAUGAUAAAAAGCGCCCACUGCUUCCAGAGAAUGCAGAGGUUGAUUCAAGGUUAGAUCUUUCGUCAAAUACUCAUAUCUCCUCUCGCAAUAGUUCAUCAAACUCGCAGAAAAUAAAUGAAUCCCCGAAAUCAGAUUCGAAGAUAAGCCAUCUACUUCAAAGUGGGGCUAAACAGAACAAUCUGUCAAAUCCGAGCAUAGCUUCCAGGAGUUCAUCUAAGGCAAGGAAAGAAUCACCCGUAUCGAAAACGAAAAGUCUAGUCGAGUCCCCACUCCUUCCAGAGAAUGCACAAAUUAAUUCAAGGUCGAGUUCAUCGUCAUAUACACAAAUCGCCUCUCGCAAGAGUUCGUUAAAAUUGCAAAAAAUACCUGGAUCCUCAGAUUCGAAGAGAGAACAUCUAAGUCGAGGGUCGACAUUACUAAGUGAGAAUACUCAGAAAAGGCAAUUAAACACAAGCAGUACUUCGAGAAGUUCUUCGAAGGCAAAGGAAGAAUUUCCUCCGUCGACAACUAAAACUCCCGUUGAUUCCUUACUAGUCUCAGAUAAACCAAAUGUUCAUUUACGAUCGAGUCAAUCGUCAUAUACUCAAAUCUUCUCUCGCAAGAAAUCGCAGCAAAUAUCGCAAUCUCCUAAAUCAGUGUCGGAUAGAGGGCAUCGAGAUCAUGCUUCUUCAAUGCACAGUGGGUCCCAUCGGAACAUUCAAUCAAAUACAUCCAUUACCUCCAGAAGUUCAUCUAAGGCAAAGAAAGGAUCACCCCUAUUGAAAACAAAACCCCCCGUUGAUUCGCCAUCGGAUCUUCAACAAAGUGAAACAUUGAUCAGUGACUAUAAGCAACAGUCAACGACUCUAUCUUCUCCAAUUGCAGGGACGCCAUUUAAGGGCAACAGUCCUCCCAUUGAAGUGAAAACAACAAAUGAUGCACAGCUGAGUGAAACUAAAACGGAAAUGGCCGUUGCAUCCAGAAAGUCCACAGCGAAAUCUUACGCUAAAACUGUUUCACCUAUAUCGUUAACUCACGCACCUGACAUGUCUGUUGUGGACAAGGAAUCCGUAUCAUCAAGUAAGGCACUGUCUGAAUCACGUUCAAGCCAUUGCAAUGGAAAUGAAGUCACUUCUAGAAUUUCUCAUACACCUCACGUACCAUCUGUAAAGAAUAUUCCACUUCAAAGUAAAGAAUCUCCUGUUCGAACACCAGGUACUUCCCAAUCAAAUAAAACUCAAAAAAGGCAAAGCAUAUCCCCAAGUUCUCUAAAAUCAAGAAAAACGCCUGUUGAAAACGGAGAUUCCCCGUUGCCGAAUAGGUCAACAGUAAGUUCACAGCUGAGCAAAUCAUUGGGUAUAUAAGAGAUACAUACCAAAUAUUCGCUUAAAGGAAAGAUAAGGAAGGUAUCGUUCACUCCCCCAACCAUCUAUCUCCGUCUAUAGUGAACAUAACUUUCAUUACUUUUAUAUGUAUGCAUGUGCAUGUAGUUUGACAUUUUUUUCCUCAGACAUGAUAAAUGUUAUACAAUACGUCGUUUGUUAAAGUAUAUAUUACCAGCUGAAAAAAAAAAAUCUUACUCAUCACUGAGGGCGGCCAACCAAUUAAGCUUGAUGCACGCUUCAACAAAACAACGAUACAGACCUAAUAUAUUUUUUAAUAUAACGCAUCAUAAAUGAUUUUAUAAUGAGCCAUCAUUGAUUUAAAUAUUAUAUCUUAUCUCUUGUAUUAGUUGAAAUUAGUCAACAUUUAAAGAUAUUGUAUUAAAAUUUUGAUUCUUGCCAAUACAGAUUUAAUCAUACCGUCUUUACUUUUUCUGUCCUUAGGUAAUGGAAAAGAUGGAUUCUCUUUUUUUCCAUUCUCAGUGAACAUAAUCGUAAGAGUCGAUUUCGAUUCAGUGUCAUAUCUAAAAAAUCUAAAAAAGUUUAAUGGUUUCUUACAUUCACACGGGGAAGCAAGGAAUUAAAAUACCUUCUCUUAUUUGUUUUUAGUUUUUCAUUGAUAUGCUUCUCCUGUAAAUAAUAAAUUAGUAUGUGAAA